AGCAGGAUAAAACUUCGUAGCCAAAAGCUCCCAGACUCCCCCGUCUUCCUCCGACCUUGCUUCAAGCCAGUCGCCCGCCAAAACUCUGCAGUCAUGGGUACUGGAAAGAAGGAGCGGACCCGCAUUGCCCGGGAGGGCAAGUCGGGCGAUAGCAUGCAGAAUGUCAAGAUAAAAGGAGAAAACUUCUAUCGCGAUGCGAAGAAGAUCCGCGCUUUGAACAUUCGCAAGGACCAUGGCCCGCGCAGAAAUGCCGAGGGCACAAUUGUGCAGGCUGCCAAAUACCAGUCCAGAGACGCGCCGGUCGCCCGCAUAGAGCCGAAUCGAAAAUGGUUUACCAACACCAGAGUAAUCUCACAGGAUAGCUUAACGAGUUUUCGCGAGGCCAUGGCUGAAAAAGCCUCCGAUCCGUACUCUGUUCUGCUGAAAUCAAACAAACUUCCCAUGUCCCUUCUCGAGACUGGCUCCGAGGUCCCGGGGCUCAAACAACAUCAGGCGAAAAUGGCGAUUGAAACAUCCUCAUAUGCCGACACAUUCGGUCCCAAAUCUCAACGGAAGAGGGUGAAGCUUGGGGUUUCCUCCAUAGAGGAUUUGGCCGAGAACACAGAAAAUAGCAUGGAUGCCUAUAAAGAACGUCUUGAGCAAGCUAGGCUGCUGAGCGGGGCCGGUGAAGGCAGUCAAGACGGUCAAGAUGCUGAUGGUGACCCGCUAUCACUCGCCAUAGAGCCGGUUUUCUCGAAAGGAACAUCGAAAAGAAUCUGGAACGAACUUUACAAAGUUUUAGAUUCAUCUGAUGUCGUUCUUCAUCUUCUAGAUGCUCGCAAUCCUGAGGGUACGAGAUGUCGAGCUGUGGAACAGUACCUUAAAAAGGAAGCACCGCACAAGCAUUUAGUUUUCAUAUUAAAUAAGGUCGAUUUAAUACCCACAUCGGUAGCAGCUGCGUGGGUCAAGCACCUUAGUAAGGAGGUCCCAACACUUGCCUUCCAUGCUUCCGUUACGAACAGUUUCGGCAAGGGCCAGCUUAUUUCACUACUGCGCCAAUUUUCCUCGUUACAUAAGGAUAGGAAACAAAUCAGUGUCGGGUUGAUAGGGUACCCUAACGUGGGAAAAUCGAGCCUAAUCAAUACUUUGAGCGGGAAAAAGGUUGCUACCGUGGCACCAAUACCAGGCGAAACGAAAGUGUGGCAGUUCGUCACGUUGAUGAAACGCAUAUACUUGAUUGAUUGCCCUGGAAUUGUGCCGCCCAAUCCCAACGACAAACCUGAGGAUAUAUUACUUCGAGGAGUAGUCAGAAUCGAGAAAGUUGAGAACCCAGAGCAGUACAUUCUUCCGAUGUUGAAGAAAGUUAAGCCUCACCACUUGCAGAAGACAUACGAGAUAGGUACUUGGAAAAACUAUCAAGAGUUUCUUGAGAUCCUGGGUCGAAAGAAUGGAAGGCUAUUAAAGGGCGGCGAAAUCGACAUGGACGGUGUGGCAAAGACUGUCCUAACAGAUUUCUUGAGGGGCAGAAUUCCUUGGUUCACGCCAGCGCCAAAGGCAGACGAAAGUGGUGAGAGUGCCGUCAUUGAGGGCCGUGAGGGUCGACUAGGUGAAAUGCCUAAGAAGCGUAAGCGAGACGAUGAGGACGCUGCAUCGGUGUCGAAACCUCUUGAUAACCCGACAACUACGAAUGAUAUAGUAAAGGAUGACGAGGAUGAAGAUGAUGAGUUCGAAGGCUUCAGCGAGGGCGACCAGUCAGAUGAUGCAGCUGAGGACGAUGUUGAGGAAGCGGCAGGUGAAGCAGAGGAUGAUAUGAUACCCCUUGGAGAGUUGAGCGACUCAGACGAUAGUUCCAGCGACGGUGAAGAGCACGGUUGAAAUGCCAAAUUUGUAGGUGAUGGAUAGA